UAAAACAGAUCAAAACAGGGUAACACAGACACAUUAGCUGCAGUACAAGAAUGUGGGUUGCAAUUACUGGAUUUGGGUAUCUGAUGACCAUUAUGAAGAAGUCUCGCCUGCUCCUGUUCAUCUUUAUGCUAGUGUUCAUGCAACCAUCCGGCACAUCGGGGGGCAGGAUUCUGGUGUUCCCACUGGAUGGAAGCCACUGGAUAAACAUGAAAGUACUCAUAAAGGAGCUACAUGCCAGAGGCCACGAGAUCACGGUGGUUCGACCAUCUGAUAGCUGGUACAUCAGCGAAAAGUCUCCUCUCUACAAAUCUGUCACUCUUCCCUGUAGUGGUGGAUUCGAGGAAAACUUUGAAAAGUUUUUGUCUGAACAGCUGGAAGUCCGACUUGAGAAGAAUUCUACCUCUGUUUGGUCUCGUCUCUGGACUCAUAUUCAGAUGGAGCGGGUGCUCAUAAACCAGUUCUCUCACUUUCAUAAGAAACUGAGUGAAGUAAUUGUGCACAUGUUCGAGGAUGAAAAACUCAUGCAGUCUUUUUAUGAUGCCAAGUAUGACAUGGUCUUGACUGACCCUGGCAUUGGCGGUGGCGCAAUGCUGGCGCGGCGCCUCCACGUUCCUUUGGUUUUUAACGUCAGAUGGACCAUUCAGGGGGAAGCUCACUUCCUUAUCGCUCCCUCACCUCUGGCAUACGUUCCCUUUACUGCAACAGAGAUGACAGAUAAGAUGACCUUUCCUCAACGAGUGAAGAAUGUCUUGAGUUACUUUGCUGGAAUGUACACGCUGUCUUGCAUCACAGAACCUGCUUACAAGCCACUAGUUAGGCGCUACUUUGGUCCUGAUGUGGAUUACUCAACGUUUUUCCUGGAUGCUGAUAUAUGGCUCAUGAGAAAUGACUUUGUCUUUGAAUUUCCACGUCCAACAAUGCCAAAUAUUGUUUACAUGGGUGGAUUCCAGUGCAAGCCCUCCAAUCCACUCCCAGCAGACCUGGAAGAGUUUGUCCAGAGUUCUGGAGAUCACGGUGUCAUAAUAAUGACUCUAGGAACGCUAGUCAGUAAACUUCCUCAAAAGAUCUCUGAGGAAAUCGCUGCAGCCUUUGGUCAGCUGCCUCAAAAGGUUAUUUGGAGAUAUACAGGACAGAAACCAGCCAGUCUAGAAAACAACACAUUACUGGUGAACUGGCUUCCACAAAACGACCUCCUAGGACAUCCUAAGACCAAAGUGUUUGUGACUCAUGGAGGGACCAAUGGGGUUCAAGAGGCAAUUUAUCACGGUGUCCCUGUAGUUGGACUUCCCCUGUUCUUUGAUCAGCCUGACAAUCUCUCAAGAAUUAGAGCCAAAGGUGCAGCUGUGAUUGUGGAUAUCGCCAUGCUCAACAGGCAGAUCUUUAAAGAGGCACUGGAAACGGUUCUUUACAAUUCCUCUUCCAGAGAAAACAUGCAGAGGCUGUCCAGGCUGCACAGAGAUCAGCCCAUGCCUCCUCUGGAUCGGGCGGUGUUUUGGAUUGAACACGUCAUGAGGCAUAAAGGAGCGCGUCAUCUGCAGACACAGUCCCACAAAAUGUCCUGGUUUGUUUACAACUGCGUCGAUGUCAUUGCUGCUUUGGUGGCAGUUGUUUUGGCCGCAGCAUUUCUCUGCAUUUCAACUGUAAGAUCAGCGUGGAGCAUGAUUUGUAACGGGAGGAAAGUCAAACGUGAAUGACCAGAAAAAUAAAACAAUUGUUCACUUAACUGAUUAACUGACAUAUUUAGCGCGUUAUGUUUUUUAAUCGCUUAAUCUAUUUUUUUAUCUCUAACUUUACUUUUUCUGUUUGCGGGGUGCUUUUAUUAUGAAAUCUGUGUUUGUGCUUGAGUUGUUAGGGGAGGAAAACAAUGAAAACAAAAAACAUUUUUUGGCUGUCACUGUGUUUGGGCUUGUUUAGCAUAAGCUGGUAGGCUCACAUUGGCCGGGUUUCCCAGAUCCAACCUCUCUUAAGGAUUUAAGAGAGGUUCAAAGAAGGUUUGAACUAAGAGAGAACCCUAAGAUACGGGUGUUUCCCAGAUGACUUCUUAACACCGUCCUUUAGUUUCGCUCUUUCAGACGCUCUUUGGAGCAGCUGUACGGUUCUGAAACCAAAUGAAUCGAUGCCAGGCAAAUCGAUCACCGAUCACUAUCAGCGCAUUUUCACACGCAGCACUGCUGCCUAACGCACUAAUUCACUGCUGCCUGUGCGUUAUAAUAAAAAAUUAAGAUGAUAAAUAUAAUUCAAUGACCCUUUUUCAUCCAAACGGUGCGUUACUCCGUUAUUUCUGGCUACAGUGAGGCUUUUCUUCCCCACACGCAGAGACCGGGAGUAAACGUGGUGGGCGUGUGUGUGCGUUCAAAAACAUGAGCCAAGAGAAGGCGAGUUUCGCAAAUCGCAACGUGGAAUUACAGCAAACCCUGGUUUUUCGCAGGGGUUAUGUUCCAAAAAGAACCCGUGAUAAGUGAAAUUCUUUUUACAAUUAUAGAGGGCUUCUAAUUGCAGAGAUCAUCCCCGCCUCGCACGUAUUCCUCCUCUUCUGAAUGAUGCUGCAUCCCGACUCGCGCUGUAUACAGCGCGAGUCGGCAGGUGGGUUUUUUCAAGAGAAGAAAAUAGUUAUGGGUCGUUGUCUUCGCUCUUUUUUCUUCUGGGCAAAAAGAUUCUUUAAUAUAAACCGACACCAUUGAUUAUAUUUGAGACUGUAAUGAACGAUUCAUCAAAGGAUCCCGUUCUUUCAGCUGCUGCUUCCCUGUCAUCACACAUGUAGGUGCUCGGGCUCGGGCUCGGCGCAGGUGUCACGGCUGCCUGGACAGCCCUGUCCGACAGCACGUCCAGGGGAUUGAAGUGCUGACGCACGAAUGCGUUCAUAAAAACAGUUCUGCUUCGCGCACUGUGACGCGGUUGAUUUGCAGCGAGAACAUGCUGUAUAGCAGCCAAAUUAUCAAAUAAAUGAUAUUCAUGAUGAUCGUUUUAUUUGUGCGUAAAGCAUAAAGCAUAUACAGGAACACACUUGUUAUUCCUUAUUUUUCUUUUUUUUCCCCCUUUGCUGUCACCAAUAAAUGCUAAACAAUAUACAUCUAAAGUAUAAAAUAGAUCAAAACUUGUGCGGGGUGCAUUGUUUUAAUAUCUCAUUGCUUGGUGUAAUAUUGAUUUGCCUGACGCGGCUGGAUCUGUGAGUCUUUGUUCACUAAGAUGGUUGUAAAGACUGGGUCAGCAGCAUCUUUCAUUUCCUUCUUAAUGAAAGAGAUACUUAAGCUAAGAGCGACUCUGGGAAACGCGAUUUUCUUUCACAGGCUCCUUAAGAAGGUUUGAAAGAAGUCUUUCGCUGUUAAGAACUACUUAACUGAUCUGGGAAACCCGGCCAUUAUCAGUACGUUUACAUGCAGCAGUUCAAUCGUAGAUGGACAAGCAUGGG